UUCUGUCCUGGCAGAUGAGGAGGGGCCUGAGGGCCUGACCCAAUUCUUGAUGACAGAGGUGCGACGGCUGCGGGAAGCUCGCAAGAGCCAGCUGCAGCGGGAGCAGCAACUGCAGGCCCGGGGCCGGGUGCUUGAGGAGGAGCGGGCAGGGCUGGAGCAGCGGCUGCGGGACCAGCAGCAGGCUCAGGAGCGCUGUCAGCGGCUGCGGGAGGACUGGGAGGCGAGCAGCCUGGAGCUGCUGCGGCUCAAGGAUGAGAACUACAUGAUCGCCAUGCGCCUGGCACAGCUCAGUGAGGAGAAGAACUCGGCUGUACUUCGCAGCCGUGACCUGCAGCUGGCGGUGGAUCAGCUCAAGCUCAAGGUGAGUCGGCUGGAGGAAGAGUGUGCACUGCUGCGAAGGGCCAGAGGAUCGCCUCCUGGGGCAGAAGAGAAGGAGAAGGAGAAGGAGAAGGAGCCGGACAACAUGGACCUCGUCUCUGAGCUGCGUGCUGAGAACCAGCGGCUGAUGGCAUCGCUGCGGGAGCUGCAGGAGGGCCUGCAGCAGGAGGCAAGCCGGCCAGGGGCCCCAGGCUCCGAGCGCAUCCUGCUGGACAUCCUAGAGCAUGACUGGCGGGAAGCGCAGGACAGCAGGCAGGAGCUGUGCCAGAAGCUGCACGCCGUGCAGGGGGAGCUGCAGUGGGCCGAGGAGCUGCGCGACCAGUACCUGCAGGAGAUGGAAGACCUGCGGCUCAAGCACCGCACACUGCAGAAGGACUGUGACCUGUACAAGCACCGCAUGGCCACUGUCCUGGCCCAGCUGGAGGAGAUUGAGAAGGAGCGAGACCAGGCCAUCCAGAGCCGUGACCGGAUCCAGUUGCAGUACUCACAGAGCCUCAUCGAGAAGGACCAGUACCGCAAGCAGGUGCGGGGCCUGGAGGCAGAGCGGGAUGAGCUGCUGACGACACUCACCAGCCUGGAGGGCACCAAGGCUCUGCUGGAGGUGCAGCUGCAGCGGGCCCAGGGUGGCACCUGCCUCAAGGCCUGUGCCUCCUCCCAUUCCCUGUGCUCCAAUCUCAGCAGCACUUGGAGCCUGAGCGAGUUCCCCUCCCCUCUGGGAGGCCCAGAAGCACCUGGGGAGGCCGCUGUCAUGGGGGGACCUGAACCUCACAACUCGGAGGAAGCCACAGACAGUGAAAAGGAGAUCAACCGGCUCUCCAUCCUGCCUUUCCCCCCCAGUGCUGGCUCCAUCCUCCGCCGGCAGCGUGAGGAGGACCCCGCACCCCCGAAGAGAUCCUUCAGCAGCAUGUCAGACAUCACAGGGAGUGUGACACUUAAGCCCUGGUCCCCUGGCCUCUCUUCAUCCUCGUCCUCCGACAGCGUGUGGCCUUUGGGAAAGCCGGAAGGCCUCCUGGCUCGGGGCUGUGGCCUGGACCUCCUCAACAGGUCUCUGGCUAUUCGGGUGUCUGGCCGGAGCCCCCCAGGGGGCCCAGAGCCGCAGGACAAGGGACCAGAUGGACUGUUGUUUUAUGGGGACAGAUGGUCUGGGGCUGUGGUGCGCAGGGUGCUGUCUGGGCCUGGGUCCGCCAGGAUGGAACCAAGAGAGCAAAGGGUGGAAGCUGCUGGUCUGGAGGGGGCGUGCCUGGAAGCCGAGGCCCAGCAGAGAACCUUGCUCUGGAACCAGGGAUCCACCCUCCCCUCCCUGAUGGACUCGAAGGCCUGCCAGUCCUUCCACGAGGCCCUAGAAGCCUGGGCAAAGGGGCCAAGUGCUGAGCCCUUCUACAUUCGUGCCAACCUCACCCUGCCUGAGAGGGCAGAUCCCCAUGCCCUUUGUGUGAAAGCCCAAGAGAUCCUUCGGCUGAUGGACCCGGCUUACAAGCGGAGGCAGGAAUGGUUCUGCACCCGGGUUGACCCCCUCACUCUGCGGGACCUGGACCGGGGCACCGUACCCAAUUAUCAGAGAGCCCAGCAGCUCCUAGAAGUUCAGGAGAAAUGCCUGCCCUCCAGCCGGCACCGAGGCCCCCGCAGUAAUCUGAAGAAGAGAGCCCUGGACCAACUGCGGUUGGUGAGGCCGAAGCCCAUGGGGGCGCCCGCAGGGGACUCCCCGGAGCAGCUGCUGCUGGAGCCCUGUGCAGAGCCAGAGCGGAGCCUCAGACCCUACAGUUUGGUGCGGCCGCUGCUGGUGUCUGCCCUGCGGCCCGUGGUGCUGUUGCCUGAGUGCCUGGCGCCCCGGCUCAUCCGCAACUUGCUAGACCUGCCCAGCUCCAGGCUGGACUUCCAAGUGUGCCCAGCGGAGAGCCUCUCCGGGGAGGAACUGUGCCCAUCCUCAGCACCUGGAGCCCCCAAGGCUCAGCCUGCCACCCCUGGGCUGGGCAGCAGGAUCCGGGCCAUCCAGGAGUCUGUUGGGAAGGUGGGUGCUGAGGGCUGGUCUGGGGUGCUCAGAGAGGUGGCCCAGAGCGGGAGCUGCUGUUCUGGGCUUGAGCGCCGGCAUCUGAGUGCGGGCCAUGCUCUUGCUGCUCACUGGCAGGGUGGCCCUGGGCAAGUCCUUUCCCUCCUGGGUCUGCUGGGCCGGCCAGGCUGGCGGGACUCAGAGCUGCUGAGGCAGUGCCGUGGCUCGGAGCAGGUGCUCUGGGGGCUGCCCUGCUCCUGGGUGCAGGUGCCUGCCCAUGAGUGGGGCCACGCAGAGGAGCUGGCCAAGGUGGUGCGUGGCCGCAUCCUGCAGGAGCAGGCCCGCCUCGUGUGGGUGGAGCGCGGCAGCAGCAGAGGCUGCCCCGGCAGCAGUGAGGCCUGAGGUUCAUCUGAUACCUGCAGCUUCUUCCCAAUUCAGGGGGGACCCUGGUGUCUGCGGUGCAGCUGGGCCCUCCCACCCUGAGCCUUCCUAGACCCUUGGACUCUCAGACACACGGCCCUUGGCUCUGGCAUCUCACCCCCAAGACUGUCUCUGGCCCUGCCGAGCCUGCAGGAGCCCCGGGACAGAGCGCCCAUUCCCCUCUACUUGCUGCUCUGGGCCUCCCCACAUGUCCCGGGGUCUCCACAUUCCCACUAGUGGGUCUCACAUGUGUGUCUGUGUCUUCUCCUUAAACACUCACCCUGGAGUCUGUUCUCACACCUGUGCACAGGUUUGCACACUCAAGUUCUCACGGGCAGGCUCAGGUCUGUCCCGCUGCCCUGGGCACGAGAUCUCCCGAGGACCUGGGCCUGUUCUGCUCCCAGGAGCGCCGAGCCUGUUACCGCAUGACUCCUGCCAUCCAGCUCAGGUUCCUCAUGGAUUCAGCCAUGCAUGGACUGGGGGCUUCCCUGGCCCACGGUGCCCCUCGUGUCUCCUCACAUGGGUGUCUGUGGUUCUCUCCUGUGUAAAUGUCACGCCCCACCCCGUUUCAUGUGGGCCCUAACACGCGUGCGUUCCUGGUGGGCACACGCAGGACCGUGCCUCACAGGGCCCACUCCCUGCCUAUGCCUCCCUCUUGUGGGGCCGGGGAGGGCGGCUGCUCUGUCAUGAGAAUGUACGGCCCGUGGGUGAUUAACGGGCCUUUUUCACUCAGAAGCUGCACAUUAUGGAACAUUAAACACUUUUGUCAUAGA